UAUAAUAAUGAUAAUAAUGAAAACAUAUCUUGAUAAUAAUGUUUUACAAUAAUAUUAACUGUGUGUUGUUGAUAGAGUUUGCAAAUUAUUAAGUGAUUGUGUUAUUAUUUAAAAUUCGAAUUUUGCUUUGGCAUAAAAGGGUAUAUCUUGGUAAUGAAUAAUACGUUUUUGUUUAUAAUGUUAUAUGAAAGUGUGACUGCACUCUUUAUAGUCUUGAUAUAGUUUAAAAGUUUGUACAAUACUGCAUUGACAUCUCUAGUGGACGUGUAUUUACUUCAAACCAUUUUCUAAGAACUUUCGCUACUACGAUCUCGCAUUAAGGCGAGUACCUUUUGUUUUUACAAGACAUGCAUUUAGCUCCCGUCUACGAGAGCGUCUAGAUUGAUCGUCCCGAGAUAAAAGUAGUCUAGGGUUGCAGUAUCAAUGGAAUGUAUGUCUGGAAACCUCACCAAUAGAAAAUAAGUUCUAAUGUCGUACGUUUACGAAGCUGGUUUUUUUUAUACAGUAGAAGAGUGAUAGUUACCUGAUUCAUUGAUCUACUAGCUACAAUUUGGCAUUAUGGAGUUUUGUAUGACUAAAAAUGAUCUAAGGAGCGAGCCAGAGAUUGCAGCUGUAUCAUCAGCACCACAGUUCUGCAUGAUAUGUCUGGACACAGACUGUAAACUGUACCCAUUGAGCAAAUACAACUUGUAUUUGGAAUUUGGAAAUUUGACUGGGAUUACGCUCCAGAGCGAGAUGAAGUUUUCACCACAAUUCUGUGCGGAGUGCGCUCAGAGGUUGAAAAACUAUGGCAAAUUCAGAGACAAGAGCCUGAGAGCGUAUCACUUGUUGUCGGAGCUGGUCGAGCAGAACGAACUGUUAACAAUACAAUUAAUAGAGUCAAUAAACCGUAAGGACAAACAACUAGAGUCGAAUAUAGUCAAGAAAUCAUUCGAGCCGGACCAUUGUGACCUUUAUUUGCUAGGGCACAAGGAUCAUGCACAAAAGGUAGAUGUGAAGGUGGAAGGCGCAGGUUUAGUUUUAGAACUCGAUAAAGCGAGCUUUAAUUAUGGCAUCAAAUUCGAAGAGGAUUUGCUGAACGUGGAAAUGGACAUAGAUAAUGAAGAUAAUCUAUCGAAUCGCGAUUCAAACGCAGCAGUUGAUAAGAAGGAAUUAAAAAUUGAUGUACCCGAUUUAGAAUUCCUAGACGACGAAAUCGAUCACGACAUGAACUUUCUAGACGAUUUCGAUGGUUUCGGUAAAUUUGUUAAUGAAAACGUCGUCAAAAAAGCCACUGAAACUCCGAAUAAUGUUACUAAAGCCGAAACAAACAAAGAGUUGGUGAAUAACGAAAAUGAAGUUUGUCUCAGUAAUGUUAUACUUGUAAGAGAUAAUAUUGACGUCAAAAAUGAGAAUACACUUGCUAAAGCGGUUAGAGCAAAAACAACACGCAACAAAACAAAUAAGAAUGUCCUUUUAACAGAUAAAACGAAGUCAGCCAAGCUCAAAAUUCAGAGAAAGAAUAAAGUAAUCUCCAAAAAUGUACUCACAAAUGAUACUAAUGAUGAAUCCAAAAGUAAAACUAAUCUCAGAAAUACCAUAAAAGACAGGACGGAUUGUGUUAAAUCGAGAACACAAAAAUGCAGAAAUAAUUCACCUACUGAUAAAAAGGAUACGGCCAGUAAAGAAAGAAAUGUUAUUGUCAAACGAAAUAGAAAGAAGCGAAUAGAAGGUCAGGAAAGACAAUCAGCUUCAAAGGACGAGUUGAAAUUCUUCAAUGUCGCCGAAGUAAGCAAAGAUGAGCAACUGACAGAGAUACAGAGUAGGAAAGAGACGUCCAACUACAAAGUGUCACCUUACAAAUGCACUGUAUGCUACAAGGGUUUCGUGGACAUUGACGCUUACGAUGGCCACAUGGACAGGCAUACUGACAAAUUCGGACCAUUCGAGUGCUCCAUAUGCAAAAUCCGCGCCAAGGAUAAGCACGCGCUCAGCAAGCAUAUGAUUGUGAACCACAGGAACAAAUACUUCUGCACCAGAUGCGAGUUCGUCACCAACUAUAAGAAUACGGCAAUAGACCACGGCCGCUGGCACGAUGGCAAGCAGUACAAAUGUCCACAUUGCGAGGAGGUUUUCAUGAAACAAACCUCGUACAUGUCCCACAUACGUAUAAAGCAUCCGUCGGACUUCGUGUGUACUCUCUGCGGCUACUCGUUCAUCGGCGAGAGGGGACUGAAGUUGCAUAUCAGCAUUAAACAUCGCACCGACAAUACGCAGAACUUAAACGGUCCUACGUGCGAGGAGUGCGACAUUCGCUUCGCGUCCGACACAGCGUACGAACAGCACAUGAAGGUUUCGAUUAAACACGCACCUGCCGAUAAGCUGAAACCCAAUUGCCCUCCCAAGAAGUAUCAAUUGAUUUGCAAGAAGAGAAAAAGGAACAUUCCGAGGAAAGUUGACUGCGAGCAGUGCGGUAUGGUAUUGGAAGGCGGCAGGAAAUACGCGGUACAUUUCAGGAUACACCAUCCGGAUAAGAACCGGACUAAGUACUCCGGCAACGCUAGCAAGACGCCGAUAAUGUGCGAGCUGUGCGGGAAAGUUUUACCGAGCUUAUCCCACCUCCGCUACCACAUGCCCUUCCACGCGGACCAGAAGCAGUUCAAAUGCGACAUCUGCAACAAGCAGUUCGCGUUCAAACGCAACCUGACCAACCACGCGGUGAUACACGACGAGGCGCGCCCGCGGGUCUCGUGCACUGUGUGCGGCAAGAACGUGUCCAAUAAGAACAAUCUGUGGAGGCAUAUGUUUUCGCACAAAGAAGCGAGGCCCUACUAUAAGUGUGAUGUUUGCGACAAAAACUUUGCAAGCCUGCAGGGAAGAAACGAGCAUAUACUGCACGUGCAUAGUAACGUGCCCCGGCCGAAGAGAAACCGCGUUCCUAGACCUAGCCCCAAGGUCACGCAACAUGCUAGACACACUACAGACACAAGUGACUCUCAGGACUCUUAAGGACAGCAGACACAAAGGAGAUUCAGUGAGACUAAGUGCAAAGCAGAUACUAGAAAUAGUUCAUAAAAGUUGGAUUUUUCCUCGCUCAAUGGCACGUGAGACACACUACAAACACAAGUGACUCGCAGGAUUCGUAAGACAGCAGACACAAAUGAGACUUAAUUAGACUAGUGCAAAGCAGAUACUAGAAAUAGUUGAUAAAAGUUGAAGUUUUACUCGCUCAAUGGCAAGUGAGACACACUACAGGCACAAGUGACUCGCAGUACUCGUAAUACAGCAGACACAAAUGAGACUUAAUUAGACUAGUGCAAAGCAGAUACUAGAAAUAGUUGAUUAAAGUUGAAGUUUUACUCGCGCAAUGGCAAGUGAGACACACUACAGGCACAAGUGACUCGCAGUACUCGUAAUACAGCAGACACAAAUGAGACUAAAUUAGACUAGUGCAAAACAGAUACUAGAAAUUGUUCAUAAAAGCUGUAGUUUUCGAUUUUAGGUACCUGUGUCCAUAGGAGAAACGAAGACUAAUGCCUCAGCAUUAGUCUUCGUUUCCGAAGAAUCCGAAAGAAACCGCCUUUCGAGAACAAGUCCAAAGAUCUAGAGAUCAUAAUUAUAGACACAACCAGACAUAAAAACUCUACAGAACAAACUUAAUUAGAAACAACAAAGUUUCCAGUUCGGCAAUUACAGAGCUGAAGAUUGUAUGAAAACUAUAGUUUUUUAUUCGACAUAUAAUCUGUGUCUAAAAUAGAAGAAAACAUAGUUUGACACGUGCACCGUUACGUGCUCCGGCCUAAGUGAUACUGAGUUCGGAGAUCUCACCCAAAGGUCACAUACUAUGUAAGGCAAACCACAGACACAAGUGACUUGCGACUCGUGUCAGGUAGACGCAAAUUAGUGCAGAUUAUUGUUGGAAAAUCUUAUUUUCAUUUGAGGUAUAAUCUGUAUGCAAGAAAAAAAUCAAUAUGUGUAAAUUAUGGUGUUCCAACUGAAUAGAGACGCUUGAUGUGACCACACUAAAGACACUGUAGACAAAUUUAGACACCAGUUUGCAUUGAGACAAGACAAGACAAGAGACACACUAAGAGAGACAAAAUGAUGCCUUCGCGUGUUAAGUUACUCUAAGGAAGCUUUUAAAUGAAAUAUCUGAUCAAAAGGAGGAACAUGAUAAACGUGCAAUGUUAAUACUUCCAGGCUCAAGACAAACCUCAAGCCAAAUCAAGGCCCAGGGCAAAGACAACACAUGAGAAACUAUAGACACCAGUGAGCCCGCAAGAGUCUUAAGUCUCGACUCAGUGAUACACAAAUGUGUCCUCAGUGAGACACAAAUUAGUGUUUAGUGUGACUAAACUUCAACUAAUGAGAUGCUUAAGCUGAUAAUAUUUAAGAAUUGGUACUUAAUAGUGUACUUAUAUUACAAAAAUAAUUUUAAAGCUAUUUCAAAAUAAAAUAUGCAUAUAUUUAAAAAAACCAGGUCAUUAUUUUGUGUCUUGCUUUGAAAGUCAUUUUUUUUAAAUAAUAAUUUUUUGCCUUUUUAUGCACAUGUUACAAAGAUAUCUAUUAAGACUUGUUGAGCCACAUUCGCAUCAGGAAUUCUUAAUAAUUCAUAUAUUUGAAGGUAAUCAAAGCAGUACUUUAAUAAUGCUAAAACAAAACAAAACUCUUUUACUUUAGAUAAUCCCAAUGGGUUAGGUCACUACAAACAGACAGACUAAACGUUUCAAAAGUGCUUUGAUAGGCCUACUUGAUAUAAAUGAAUUCAGAUUUUUUUAAUUUAGAUAAGAAUGAAGAUAGAAACAUACAUUACCAUUUCUGUUGUGAACAUACCUCUGAACAAAAUCAAAUUCAAAGACUAAUAAUAGUGCUAUCUGUUUCAGUACUUUAUUUGUGAAAAAGUAACCCUAACUAAACUUUGUGUUUGAAGAUUAUCUUAUAUACGUUUGGAUAUAAAACAGAAGAUGCUUGUUAAAUAUAUACAAAUUAAUAAA